AUGGAUAAUACAAUAAACGAACAUGAAAAUAGUCCGCCUCAAUCCGAGGAAAAUAAUAUACAGUACGAUAGAUAUGGCUUUCGUGGUGGCCAGCAGUAUACAAAUCCAGAGGACGAAGAUCGUGUUCCCAUUGAGGUUAUACGUUCACGGGAAUUGAAAUGGAGGAAAAUGUGUUCUAACUGGAGUUUAUGGUAUUUCAAAUAUCAUCAAAAGCUACGGGAUCGAUGCCGCAAAGGUAUUCCUGACUCAUUUCGUUGUGAAGCAUGGCAGCGACUCUGUGCAAGUCCAAUGGUACUUGUUCAGCGUCAGCGAAUUACAUGCGAUGAAAUUGUCGACACAAAAACAACCUUAACAAGUACAGGAAGCAAUCAAGAUAUUAAUCAUAGCAGUAAAAAUAGACUUUCUAAAUAUCGUUUUGGCACAUUAUCAAAUCGAACUAAUUAUAAGAGUUUACAAGCGAUUAUCACUUCUCCAAGUUUUCAUACCAGUCAAAGUAAAGAAGAUGAUAGGCGCAAACUUUUGUUUCGAAAAUUGCACGGGACCGACAGUGCUCGAUUAAGUCAAGGGUCCAGUUUUCAUUCCUUACACAUUAGUAGGGUUAAGGAUGUUAUUCCUACUUCACGUGAAAACUCUCACUAUCCUUUGGCGAUGCCUCCUUCCUUACAAAAUCACGACAGUCCGAAUACUCAUAGAAUAUCACCAUGGAAACGAAGUGUUUUCAGUAGUGAAUCUAUCCGAUCAAUAUCCGGUACAACUCAUAGCAGUCUUCAUAAUAUACCUUCUAGUGCAUUAAACAAUAUCAACUCUACUAGGUUUGAUCAAUCAGCAUUACCUCAUUCAGGCUAUUCAACAAUUGCAUCUGUUCAUGGUAAAUCAUGUUCACCAGAAUCAAAUAUUGAUACUACUGAUAUGAUCAAUUCAAAUCAUGUUAUAACUACUAGAAAUUCCGGUGGAUAUGCUAGUUUAAGUACAACAUCUUGUACAGAUAGUUCUAGUACAAAUCAUUAUCAAAAUGAAAUUCAAAUUCAUGAAGCAUCAUCUACCGAUUCAUGUACUUCCAUUUUAAUAUCAUCAUCUGUUGCAUCGUCAUCGUCACCAAUUUUACAUCGAAUUACACGAAAUAUUGAAGCAUUUUCUAAUCAAUUAGAUGGUGACAUUCUAAAUGAAUACACUAAUGAUGAUGCUAGAGCUACACUUGUCCCAUCGAUUGAUUUAGAUCCAGAGAAAUUAUAUACAAAUUAUUGCUUACAAGAAGGAACAGCAGCUAAUUGUGAUCAAAUACGUCGUGAUAUUGAUCGUCAGUUUCCUUUUCAUGAAUUAUUCAGUAAGAAAGGAGGUCAUGGUCAAGAAAGUUUGUACACUUUACUAAAAGCUUAUACAAUCAGACAUCCAGAGAAAGGUUAUUGUCAAGGUCAAGCUCCAUUAGCAGCUGUUCUACUUAUGUUUAUGCCUGAAGUUGAUGCUUUUUGGACUUUCAAUGAAAUUUGUGAACGUUAUCUAGAAUCUUAUUAUGAUGAUGGACUUGAACGGGUACAAAUCGACGGAGAUGUCCUGUAUGCUCUUCUAAAAUCAAUACAUCCUCCAAUAUACAAAUUUCUAAAAAAAUAUUCAGUGGAACCAAAUCUUGUUGUUUUGGAAUGGUUCAUGUGUGCUUAUACACGAACUUUACCUUGGGCAGCUGUAUUAAGAAUAUGGGAUAUGUUCUUUUGUGAUGGUAAAAUUAUAUUAUUUAAAGUGGCUGUUGUUUUAUUGAAUCGUUUAUUUGGGCAUCCUUCUCAUCGUAAAUCAUGUCAAGGACUUGAUGAUAUUCUUAUUAGAUUACGUGAAGUAUCAACUGUUAUUGACAAAUUGGAUAAUUUCAUACGUGAAGUUGUUCGUGUCCCUAUCACUGCGAAAGAAUUAAGUCAACAAAUUGUUCGACAAUCUCAAAAAUGGGCUGCUAAAAAACAAUCUUAA